CCGGUAGGUGGUUUUCAGGUCGCGGGGUCGAUUAUUAAUGCCUUCGGCGGCAGACAGGUGAAUCUAUCGACGGCACAGAACAUUCUUGACUCGAUUACACUUCACUCCCGGUACAAGUUUGUUUUAAAAUGGCGGCGGAAGCGUCAAAACAGGUAUGAAUUGUUAACGAUACCGGAUAAACUUGUGAAAUGUGCUUAUUCGUAUAACAGCGGAGGAGCGUUUCCUGUUCUGGAGCGAUGCCGCGAGAGCAAAACACAAAACACGCCUCGCGCCUUUUAACUUUAAUUUGCCUGCAGUUGAGGAAGCGCUGUUAAAAAAACCAUUGAGUUGGCGUCAGCAGCAAGCAAGUCCGGUUAGACGUGGUGUUUGUGUUUACCUCCUCCUCGCGCCCCCUGAGGUGGAUUUAUCUGUUUGUUCCGACAAAUGACUUCACGCUGCUGCUGGCUGUGUACUCCGAGCUGCGUUGAGGAGGAGGUGAGGGAGGUGCAGCAGUAGUCACAGCAGCAUCAUCAUGGACCGCUCCAGCCGGCGGCUACCUGCCACCCACCUGUAGCAUCAACCGGCAACAUGGCGAACACCACCCACGGUACCCGGGACCGGAGAGACAGCCGCUGUGGUGUGUCUGGAGAAGCCAUAGUGGAGAAUGGCUGCGUGGCGAUGGACCCGGCUGCCCCUGAACGCCACGAUUACACCAACCACCACUCCCAUGAUCCCAGCACCACCCCCGUCCUGCCCACCUACAAGCCAUCCUGCUCCUCUACCCCCAUCUACUAUUGCAGUCCCCAGAAAAGCUUCUCAGACCUGAACCAGGACCGCCACAGCCUGACUUCCCAGGACUCUGGUAUCCCGACGCUGGAGAUCAACCCUCCAGAGCCGAUCCUCCACCGCCACCAGCGCCCAGGUGACGGAGGCCUCAUCACAGACUCCGGUGACUACUCUCCUGCUACGCUAACUCUGGAUGAGGAUCCCUCUGAUGGCAACGCCAUACGCAAAUCCUCCACAUUCCCCCGCAGCGGAUUCGACUCCAUCCGUCUCUUUAGCCCCGCUUUCAGAUUAUCCGCCACCGCUGGGACGGGUGUUGGGGGCGGGCCGUUGAACCGCAGCGAUGACAUCUCCGUGUGCAGCGUGUCCAGCAUGAGCACCGAGCUAUCGGUCUCCAAUGAAGACAUCUUGGAUUACACCAUCACUUCUGACUCCAGCGCCAUUGUUACCUUGGAGACGGAUGACAGCGUUACCGCUCAGUUCUCAGACGUAACGCUGGAGUCCUGGAGUCCGGUACGACCGCAUCCGGGGUCUGGUGGCAAGCAUCAGGACGAGGAUGGCAGGCAAAAGAAACUGGGACCUCUAGCAAGCUUAUUCAACAGGAGCCUGUUUGCCAGGAGAGUGAAGGACAGUCGGCCAGUGGAGCAGAGGGAUCCAGGCUGGAAGCUGUUUGGAAAAGUCCCACUACGGGACGGUCCCAUUAAGGACCCGAAGAGAAUACAGAAGGAAUAUGAAACAAAGAGUGGCAGAGCUGGACCUGGCAACCCGACGUCUCCCAGACAGGGUGUGAGGAAAAACCUGGACUUUGAGCCCCUCUCCACCACCGCACUUAUACUGGAGGACAGACCAGCUAAUCUACCUGCCAAGCCAGCCGAGGAGGCCCAGAAACACAGACAGCAGUAUGAGGAGAUGGUGGCCCAGGCCAAGAAGAGAGAGUUGAAGGAUGCUCAGAAGAGAAAGAAGCAGCUGGAGGAUCGCUGUAAGCUGGAGGAAAGCAUCGGCACAGCCGCUCAGAUCUGGAACCAGGAGAUCUUACCUAACUGGAGUACAACGUGUACAUCUCGACGAGUGAGAGACCUCUGGUGGCAGGGCAUCCCACCCAGUGUGAGAGGCAAAGUGUGGAGCCUGGCUGUGGGCAACGACCUCAACAUCACCCAUGAGCUGUAUAACAUCUGUCUGGCCCGGGCAAAGGAAAAGUGGAGGAACUCACCAGCACCUUCCUUAGAGCCUGAAGCUGAAGAUGCUGGUUCAAAUCGGGAGUCGAGUCUGGAGCUGAUCAAGCUGGACAUCUCGAGAACCUUCCCCCAACUGUGUAUCUUUCAGCAGGGCGGGCCAUAUCAUGACGUGCUGCACAGCAUUCUGGGAGCAUACACUUGUUACCGGCCAGACGUUGGCUAUGUGCAGGGUAUGUCGUUCAUCGCAGCAGUGCUGAUCCUGAACCUGGACACAGCCGAUGCCUUUAUAGCUUUUGCCAACCUGCUCAACAAGCCCUGUCAGAUGGCCUUCUUCAGAGUCGACCACAGCCUUAUGUUGACUUACUUUGCGGCAUUUGAAGUGUUCUUUGAAGAAAAUCUACCAAAGCUCUUUGCACAUUUCCAGAAAAACAGCUUAACCCCUGAUAUUUAUUUAAUCGACUGGAUCUUCACCCUGUACAGUAAGUCUCUGCCGCUGGACCUGGCGUGUCGCGUCUGGGACGUGUUCUGCAGAGACAACGAGGAGUUCCUGUUCCGCACGGCGAUCGGCCUGCUGCGCCUCUACCAGGACGUCCUGACCACCAUGGACUUCAUCCACAUGGCUCAGUUCCUCACCCGCCUGCCCGACCUCAUCCCUGCCGAGCAGCUCUUCCAGCACAUCGCAGCCAUUCACAUGACGAGCCGCAACAGGAAGUGGGCGCAGGUCCUGCAGGCGUUACAGAAAGACCAGGAGCGAGGCAGCCCGGUGCUGAAGCGCUGAGCUGCGGUCAGAGGAUCACACAUUACCAGACUCAACCAGCUCCCUCUACAGCCCUCGGGGGGGGAAAAACUGGUCUCUCAGUAGACCAGAUGGACCUGAGAAGGACCUUUUGACUUCAACGGGACAUAUCUGGUUGCAGCUGCUGUGAUCAACCUCUUCCUGGGAGCCGUGUUACUGCUCUAACUGGAGCCAGGCCCCCUGAUGAGGGACGGGUUUGAAAAGGAAUACGAGGCCUUAUUUAUCGUAACGUGUGCUCAGAGGCCCAGCAGUGGACUGUAAAGUGUAGCUGGCAGAGGCUGAAGAAUGUAUCACACACACUCCCACAUAUAGCAGGCUGAUUCAGGUGGUCACAGAGAUACCAGUUACUACUCACAUCCUCCACUCAGAUCUGAUACUCUGCUGUCAGAACUCCUUCCAGCUACAGUUCUACUUGUCCCGUCUCUCUGUGUGGCUUUUUAUGACCAAAAAAAAAAGUCUAAGUGUGACGCCCAGUCUUUCAAAGAUUUGGUCAGAGAAGGAAAUGCAACCCUGAUUUAAAAAAAAAAAAAAAAGUUGGGACGCUGCAGAAAACCUAUGAUCGAUCAUUUGCUCCUUUUUGGCAUACAUUCCUUUGAAAACUGUACAAAUUGUGUCGUGGCAUCGCCUCGCUGGAAUAAUCAGGGAUGUUUUUCAAGAAAAGACGUCUGGAUGGCAGCAUAUGUUUCUCCAAAUCCUUAUUGUCAGCAUUAAUGGUGCCUUCACAGAUGUGACAGUUACCCAUGAUGCAAUGGGCUCUAACACACCCGCGAACCAUCACAGAUGCUUUUGAACUUUGUGCUGGUAACAAUCUGGAUAGCUCUUUAACCCAGAGGAAACAAAAUAGUUUCACAAAAACAACAUGAAAUGUGGACCUGUCAGUCUCAGAUGAGCUCGGGCCCAGAGAAGUUGGCGGCGUUACUGGAUGUUGUUGAUAUAGACGGUAAAAUUCCCAAAUUUCUAAAUUUUUCAUUCUUUGCAAUUGUGCAUUGAGAGAUUAUGUUCUUUACAUUUUUGAUUAUUUGUCUACACAAUUUUUCACAAAGUGGUGAACCUCGUCCCAUCUUUACUUAGGGUCUUUUUGGAAUGGAUUACUGGCAUCAAAUUCAGAAUAAGCAUAUAUUUACAAAAAUACAUGACGUUAAUGAAGUUGAAACAUUAUGUUGUCUUUGUGCAGAUAAUAAAUAAAUUGAAUAUACAGUCAUGGAAAAAAUUUGUAGACCAUUGUUUUCUUCAGUUUCUUGUUUAUUUUAAUGCCUGGUACAACUAAAGGUAAAUUUGUUUGGGCAAAUAUAAUGAUAACAAUAAAAAUAGAGUGGAUAUCUAGCCAUUUUCCAUGGUUUUCUUAAUAAUAACCAAAAUCAUCAUCAAGAAAACCAUGGAAAAUGGCUAGAUAUCAGCUCUUAAAUUAAACUCUUAUGAGCUAGUUUUGUUGUUUUCGUUAUAUUUGUCCAAACAAAUGUACCUUUAGUUGUACCAGGCAUUAAAAUGAACAAGAAAUUGAAGAAAACAAGCGUGGUUUAAUCAUUUUUUCCAUGACUGUAUGUCAAAAAGUAUUAAUCAAUGAAGUGUUCUAUUUACAGCGUCCCAACUUUUUUAAAGCGGGGUUGUAGUAAUUUCCUAAAAUGACACCUCCAGAGUCAGAUCUGUGAGUGAAAGUGUUGAAAUAUGUUAAGCUCGUGUCUCUGUCUCUUGUUUUUGGAACUUUUUUUUUUUGUUGUUCAAACUUCAGUCAUUCCUUCAUAUUAAUUUUAUCGUCAGUGUGCGCUUCAUUUGUGUCUUUUCCCUUUGGUUCAGAACCAUUCCAUGAAGUCAACUCUCAGUUUUUAGCUAAUAUCCAUGAAUUGCACAUGACCUUCAUGCUGAAGACAUCUACGGUGACUCUGAGAGCACCACAUUGUUACAUUUGUUCUACCCCUCUAAAAAGAGGUCAUAAGCUGCCUGUAAAAUGACUUUUACAGAAUAUUUAUGUCAAUGAAAAUGGAGUAAAUAAUGAGUUGGACGUCCAACUGCCCGUAAUGUUUGAGGUACAUUUCAGCUCGUCUUGGCGUGAGUGUGAUGACUUUAAAUUCUAUAUUUAUUUAUUAUUUAUCAGAAGGACAUAAACAGGGCUGUGUCCCAAUCAAA